UGUAUAUACGAUUUAAACUGAUGUGAUAUUCCAUUUAAAAGUUCACAUUGACAUGUCUCACUUAAAUAUAGUUCUCCGCCAUAUAAAUAAAUAUCAAUUCAAUUGAAAAGUGUAUGUACUAAACGGAUCAAAACUAUAUGCUGUGAGCAGUAGUGAAAUACCUUGCCGUGUUGAGACGGUGAUGUGUACAGGACGAGUACAUGAUGGGUGAAACGACUACAUGCAUGUGUCAAUGCCGAUGUGGAAAACACGGCAUAUCACCUUAGAGUAGGCAGUAAACAGAUUGGGAUUUGUUGAUUACCAAAGUCGCAAGCUAUUGUUGAUGGAUGAAAUAUUUUGCCGAGACGGUCAGUGUGAGAUGAUGCCUAGAUGGACAAAACGAUUUUGCCAGUCACCUUUAAAAAGGCGGUUAGGACUUGCAAUAGGAGCUUUACUUCUGGUAUAUAUCAUUGCUAAGCUUUCUGAAAAUAACAGUCACGUAGAUGACAAUUUAAUUAAAGCGGACUCAAAAAACGAACGAGAGAUAGUUCGUAAAAGGACAAAACGGAUCGACCAUGAUAACAGUAUUCAUGUGUCUGACACAUUUAUCCAUGAACAAACCUUGCAGGGGGUGGUCAUCCGUAAAGAUGGCGAUCAGUUUAAGCAAAUUCCAAAAAAGCACGAAAUCUCGACAUCGUUAUUAUAUACAUUUAAGACAGAGCCCCGUCAUGCCAGCGACAUGUUCGCAGACACCCCUGCAGAAAAUGACUACUACAUGAUUUGCCCGGCAAUGCAUUGGCACCGCGGUAAGAUCGUUGCGGUACUUAGAUUAUGGAUUAACUAUGAGGGAAGAAAGCAUACACCUAAGAACGAAUGGUACGAUAAUUACCUCUAUGCAGAAACAUUCCAUAAGAAUUUAACCAAAGUUGAACCAGGGUCCUUACUUGGGAUUCCGUCAAUCCAACAGUUUCAUUAUGGCACUGGACAGCUAGACCCGAGGCUGUUUGAGAUCAAUGACACCCUUUACGUUAACUUUCACAUGAAAUAUCCCCCUCACAACGCCUAUGAACGUACGUAUGUAUGGGACUAUGACAACCACAAGUUAAUGAUGCCCUGGUAUGACAAGUACCCCGAGGAUCAAGCAGACAAGAACUGGUCCAGCAUGGUCAUAAAUGGUAUUCUCCACUACGUGCAUUGGAUUAACCCCCUCAUUAUCAUGCGCUGUGAGAAUAUCACAAAAUGCACCAAGAUAUUUAUUGAAGAACACUCCCCCAAGUUAAAGUACGGUCAGAGGGGAGGGACCCCUUUCCAGUUAUAUAUUUGGCCAUAUUAUAUUGCCAUUACCCACUCUGUGGUUAAGACUAAGAACAAUCACCGGCUCUACUACGCCCAUGUAACCCUCUUGUGCGUGGAACCAUACGAGUUAGUCUACACAUCAGACCCUAUAGAGGUCCACAAUGACAUUCUAUCUUCCUGUCCGGUUAUUCGACAUUGGAUUAUUGACGAGCCCUUCAUUUACCCAACAGGUAUUAUCAUCGAGGACCCUGAUACGCUAGCAGUUGGUAUACAUGCAAAUGACUGUCGUAGUUUCAUUAUUAGGAUAAAAGGUGUCGCUCAACUCGCAAGAGACGCUAUUGCAGAACAUAAAACAAAAGGAUGAAAAGAUGGCCCAAGUAAACCAUGAAAGAAAAAACAAUGUACUUUAUAAGCGUCCUUUCGAGUAUGCUCAUAUAUACUCAUGUUAUACAUUUAGUGAUCAAUCAAUGGGAAAACAUGUUAUCGAAUAAAAAAACAAAUAUAAAGUUUGUUGAUUCAAUUGUUCAUUUUUAUUUAUUAUAUCGUUGGCACUACCCCCAGUCCACGCCCCCUCUCAAUCACAAUUAAUCAACAAAUUGACAUCAGUAAUGAUAAAAAUCACAUCCCAUUAGUAUAUACAUUAUCCAGGUGUUGACAGUUAGCAUGGUAAUGCCUUAAUCACAUUUGAUGCACGGCGGCCGUAGCUUCCCAAGUUCAAUAGAAAUAUGCAGCAUAAAAAAUAGGGAUAAACAGUACGAUGUAGACUUUAUUGAUUUUGUGAAGCUACGGCCACCGUGCACCCCUGUAAAGCAAAUGUGACUGAGGCUU